AUGAGUGUCCUCAUCCGCCGCCUCCUGGGGUCCUGGGCCAUCGGUUCCUCAGGCGCCGGAUACGUAUUUAGUCUGGCCUCGGAGGAGGAGGCGGACUGCGGUGGCGUCUGUCCGCGCCGCGACCAGCAGGUUCCCCUCUCCGAGGACCUCGAGAUCACGCCCGCCGACGGCGCUCUCGACGGGCGCCAGCCCCGAACCAGGACCCCCUCCAUGACGAGCCGCACUACUUCGAGCCGGCGAACGUCUUCGUCCCGAUCUGCGCGCGAGCGCGGCCCCGUUCGGCUGCGACGCGCGGCAUGCGGGCGGGCUCGCGCGCACGCGCACGCUUAG